CGGCGACUUGAUGAUGGCGACGGACAUAACUGCUGGGGAAACCGAAGGUCAACGAGUAGUGAUCGUGGACGAGGGAGCUAUGGAAAAGGAAACUAUGGUGCAAGUAACAAAUGGUGCUACCAUAUCGCCUCCAGUUCCCAGCCAGGCUGCAUCCCCCAACACGAUCCUUACGCCACAUAAGACGGAAGCAGCAACACCGACACAUGAGACUCCCACACCACGAGGCAACGAUAGCCCUAUCAAUGCCGCCAAUACAGACAGCGACACAGCAACUAGCGAUACACAACCCACUGGAAAUCAUCCGCGAAAGACCGUCGAGCUGAGUAACAACGCACCAGAGUCUUUGCAAGUGGAGCCCUUACGUUUACCAUCAUCGAAGGGCGUUGCACCCCCUCCUAGUACCAUUCCCCCUUUAACCACAAACGAAAGUGCAGUGCGUACUCUCGUCAAGCAAGUUCGAUUCUCCGACGAGAAGUCCGUGGCCCCUUCAUUCUUCCUAUCCAAACGACUGCAAUCGAAUGGCCUAUCCCUCACUCGUCGAUUUCAGCUGCGAAAAGUAGUGGUGGCCCUCACGCCGCCGACAGAUGACGAAGCGCUGCGGGCCGAAUUGGCCGUACAGCUCCCUUCAUCGCCCCCAGAAAUCGGGUUCCAGGACCACAUGUGGUUGGGGGUCCGUUGGUCGAAGCAGGUCAAGUUGCUCCGGUCCAACUGCCUCAAGUCCCCCGAGACGUUGACCAUGCGCCGCGUCAAGUUGCCGUCGUGGAAGUUGGUGGCCACGUUGGGGGUCGCGUACAACAUGACGCUGGUGACGUUGGACGUCGAGGGGGCCGGCUUGGACGUGGCCUGCGCCAAGGUGCUCUUUCAGGUAUGUCGGACGAACCGAAGCAUCCUGCAGCUGAAUGCCGCGCACAACGCCGUCGGUGACGACGCUGUGUACGCGCUGGCGGCGAUGGUUCACACCAACACGUCGCUCACGCAGUUGAUCCUGCAUCACAACGCGAUCACGUCCAAGGGCAUGAAGGUGCUGUCCCACGCCCUCCAAGACAACCAGGACUCGAUGAUCUUUGGCCUCGACUUGAGCUUCAACCCGCUGGGCGAAGGCAGCACUGACGCGCUGUCGGCAUGCUUACAAGUGAACGAGUCGCUCACAUCUCUGAACUUGGCGGGGUGCUGCGUCCACGAAGCGGGCCUGCUCGCGUCCCUGCGUCGUAACUACACGUUGACCGCGCUCCACCUGCAGUCUGAGGAUGUGUCGGAACAAAAUCAGUCGGGGCGCCUUCGCCGCGACCGCCUGAACCGAAGCCAUGCCCCGCCCAUCAUGGACGCUCUCCGGCGGUCGACAUGUGCUCUCGAGACGUGCAAUCUCACGGGUGUACAGCUGCCGGUGGGGAAAAUCCGGGCCUCGCGGUGGGUUAAGAUGGCCCACACGCGCCUGAACGAGCUCGACGGGAUGAUCUUAUCGGCGUUGUUGCCCAUGAACAAAGUUCUCAUGGAGCUUGAUCUGAGCUCGAACGCCCUUCGGUCCGAGAGCGUCCUGGCGAUUGUAACGGCGAUCGUCGACUGCCCGACUUUGGAAAGAGUCGACGUGCACGAUAACGACGUGUCGGACGUCGUCGGCGAAGCGUUGGGGCUGGCGUUGGUCCACAACAACACGCUGCAGACGAUUUGCGUGGCUACGAGUCACUUGGACGUGCAGCAACUUCGCGGCAACUCGGACACGGCGGACGAGAUUACGUACGCCAAGGACCAGUUCACGCACCCCUUGGACAACUGGAUCGUCACGGUACUCUUUGGUGUGAACCGCCGAACGACCAUACUCAACGAACUCCACGUGCCACCGGACAGCGCCAGCUUGGACAUGUGUCACUUGACCUUGGCCGUAUACGAAGCCGUGUACAUUUGCACGCGUAUUCGCCACCACGUGCGGUUGGCCAACUUGCUGAUCAACAGCUCGAACUUGACGUAUUACGCCGGCAUGCGGCUUGCCGAUGCCCUGCGCAACCACCCAAUCUUGCUCUCCGUGUCUCUUGAACACAACAACUUGCACCAGUUGGGCGGGAAAGCCAUUGCCGAAUGCAUGGAGCACAAUCGGUCGAUUACGUUGUUGAACUUGAGCUGGAACAACUUGGACGACGUCGGCGUGUUGCCGUUCGCCACGUCGUUGCGCGCGAAUCGGUGCCUGAAACGAUUGGAUUUGCGAGGCAACGCCAUCGGCGCUACGGGGAUCGCCGCCAUCAGCACCGGCUUAGCGGGCAACGCGUGCUUGGAAGAGCUGUAUUUGCGAUGGAAUGACAUUGGCACCAACGCCGCGCGGGCCCUUGCGGCCGCGCUGUGCAUAAACAAGACCUUGGCGGUCCUCGACAUUGAAAGGCAUCACAUGGAAACGGACGGCGCCGUCGCGAUGGCCGGCAUGCUGCGUGUCAACAAGUCGCUCACGAGCCUCAACAUGAAGGGCGAUCUGAUGGUGUACCCCGGUUCCAGUGUUGGCGUCGUUGGUGCCGAGCAGCUGGCGCUGGCGCUGGGCGAGUCCAACCACUCUUUGCGGUACUUGGUGCUGGCCGAGUCCAAAAUCCACGCCGAAGGGUGUGAGCACCUGGCCAAGAUCGUUGCCACGUCACGGUUGACGGUACUGGACUUGUCGUACGCCGAAAUGGACGGCGAGACGAGCUUGGUCCUGUUCAGCCAGCUGGCACACAACACGGCACUAGUCGAAUUGCACCUAGCCCACAACACCGUGGGGGCCGACGGCAUCAAAGGAUGUGUGCGAAGUCUGUGCGUCAACAAAAGUCUCCGACAUCUCGACCUGUCGUUCAACCACGUCACAGAAGAAGGGAUGUUGCUCGUGGAAGCCCAAGCCAAGAAUUUCUCGCUACUUCGAUUGAAUGUCCUAGGCAACCGGGUCACGGACGGAACCCGCGGACGCCUCAUGGCAAUGUCCUUGUUUGUGGUCGAGAUUUAGUAUUACUAGCUACUACUAGUACACAACUACAACACGACGGCCACACACGACGGCGACGGAAUGUGCAGCGCGUGGCCGGUGGGCACGAGUCCGUCGGCAGGGGACAGCUGGAAGGACACGAUCGAGUGCGAGUUUUGAUUGGCCACGACCACAAGAUCGUCUCCCACGAGUGUGAAAUGACGUGGCACGCUGCCCUGCGUCGACACAAACUGCGGCGCCGCCAGCAACCCCGAGGGGUACGUGAUGCGGAAGACGGCGAGUUGGUCGAUGCCCCGAAUGGACGCCACGAUAAAGUGACCGCAUUUGGACACACGAACUUCCGCCGCGAUGCUACCGUCGACCGUUGCAUGGUCUUGGGAGGUUGAAGGAUGGGGCAAUAGUGACACGACUUGGACGGGGUUUGGCGAUAGGACGGCGGCGUCGAUGGAAUGGACAGAGAGGUUGUUCGAGAGUUCGUGUACAACGUAGGCCAGUGGUAACGUUGGAUGCAAGGUCAAAUGGCGGGGACCAGACCCAGGCGGAAGCGCCACAACUGGAGCGUCGGGAUGGAUGGCCAGCGCCCCUAAUACAUAAAACAAGGUUGAGCAAUUUAUUGGUGAUAUGCAUGACAGCACCAUUCGCA